CGUGUUUUGCCGCCAGCUCGACGUGAGUCCAACCGGUGACGAGCAGCAGGCGGAGAACACUUUAAAUACUUUAGUGACUUUAAAAUAAACAUAUUUACGCCUUCAGACAUGGCGCUCACCGAUGCAGACGUACAGAAACAGAUCCGGCAAAUGGUGGCCUUCAUAGACCAAGAGGCCAAAGAGAAGAUAGAAGAAAUUGAUGCAAAGGCGGAGGAAGAGUUCAACAUUGAGAAAGGUCGUCUGGUGCAGACCCAGCGGGUGAAAAUCAUGGCUUUCUAUGAGAAGAAGGAAAAGCAGAUCGAGCAGCAUAAGAAAAUCCAGAUGUCCAACCUGGCGAACCAGGCGAGGCUGAAGGUGCUGAAGGCCCGUGACGAGAUGAUCACGGAUUUGUUGAACGAGGCUCGCCAAAGACUCGCAGAGAUUGCCGGAGACCCUGCUCGGUACUCCGCCCUGUUAGAGGGCCUGGUGCUUCAGGGAUUCUUCCGACUGCUGGAACCCGAAGUUACCGUUCGCUGCCGACAGCAGGAUGUAGAAAUGGUUCAGGCCGCAGUUAAUACGAACAUCCCUAUCUACAAAGAGGCAGUGAAGAGCAACAUCGUCGUCAAAAUCGACCAGAAACGUUUUCUUCCAUCAGAGAUCAGCUGCGGAGGAGUCGAAGUGUAUAAUGACAAUGGGAAGAUCAAGGUUUCCAACACUUUGGAGAACAGGAUAGAACUUAUCGCACAACAGAUGAUGCCUGAGAUCAGAGCGAACUUGUUUGGUGCCAACCCCAACCGCAGGUUCACGGAUUAACGGUGGAUUUGAAGAGAGCCGUGCGGACGCGGGUGGAAGUGCCAUCUGAUUUUACGUCUUCAGGGAUUGUCUAAAGGACUGCUUUAAAUUGCAAUCUGUUGCUCUACUACUUGAUUACAGUAAUCAAAGCUGCACAUUUAGGUCACCAAAGAUACACAUUCACACUGUUACUCUACAUUUUUUGUGGAUAUAAUGAGGUUGAUUAUAUAUGUUUAUCAGACGUUCAUUUUUGUGUAACAUUCAGGAGGAUCUGUUUUCAGAAAGGUGUGUUUUCAUUAGUGUAUAAUCACUUUUAUGGACAGACGCCGCAGGUCGCCUUCCAAGGAGUCAACCCUGUUUCUAGAGUAACCGAGAACAGACAUACAAAGGGCUGUAGAGAGAAGGCUUUCAGUGUUUUUCACAGGUUUUGUGGCACCGUAGUUUCUCCUACACACUUCACAGCCGGUUUGCAUUACCAGGUUGUCAAAAACAUGCGCGAGUAGUGUUCAUUUAGAUACAAUCUGCCUUGCCUGUGUGGGUUUGCGCACAGUGAUGUUUACUAUUGUUCUGAAUAACUUAACGUACAACAACCAAAGAAAUAAAUGUGCGUGACACAGAGAAAUCAA